GCAAAUAUGCUAGUAAAGGUCGACAUAUAUAUACAUGAUACCCUGCUCCUUUCUUCGGAUGAAAAGGAAAUAAGCUAUUAUACAACUAGCUCCAAAGGGAAAGCGUGGUUUCAUCUUUGCAUUUCUUGUUACGUGCGUUGAAGUACUAUUUUCUAAGGGCAUAUCAAGUUUCAAAGAAUAACCUUGCCCUAUCCUUAGACUCGUCAAAUUGUACAUGAGCUGGGAAUAUUAAAUUGCUCUUGAAAUUCACAGAAUCAACACGGUGAUUAGAUUAUUUGGCAGUGGUCAGACAAGCAUAGACCUGCUGAGCUUUCAGUGACCUCAACGAGACCUUCUAUUAGCGCAUGCGCAAGAGUUUUAAAUGUCGGCCAAGAAGACCUAGAAUGUGCCGGUGAUUUCUGUUGAUAAUCUUUAAGUUUAUGUCCGUUUCUUUUAUAUUGGCAACUGUUUGGACGGGUGAAUGGAUCCAAGAAUUGGAUGGUCUCCGCCAGAACAACUUGGACCAGCGCACCAGUUGUGGACUAGAUUGUGGGAAACGCACCUGAUCAAGAUGGAAAACCUGUAUCUCAACAACGCCAAUCCAAAUUUGGAGCAGAAAACUCAGGAGUACAUUCCGUUAGAAUUUAACACAAACAACUACGACCAAAGAGACCACAGUUCAUCUAGAACAAAUAAUAUAAAAUAUCAAGAUUUUAGGACGAGAAAGAAAAAGGAUAACAAAGCUAGUACAUUCGGUCUCAAUCAUUCAUCAAACACUCAGUUGUUGGAUAAUGGUCAUUUGACACCCUGGAUACCGAGGGGAAGAAAUUAUUCUCCUGGUGUGAUUGGCCUCCAUGAAGAGAUCAUUGACCUGUACCAAUACAUGUUGCCGCGCAGGGAGGAGCACUACAUGCGCCAGGAUGUCGUACGCAGGAUAGAAAAGGUUAUCAAGGAUUUGUGGCCACAGGCAAAGUUUGGUUUCUCCAAGCGAAAAGGCAAAGAUGAAAGCAUGGAAAAAACGAGCAAACUCGCUAAACAAGAACUUGAGGACACAAUAACUGAGGGUGAAGCGGGCGCACAUGGCCACGAUGCAGCUGCCAAAGAAGAUGAACCAAUGGAAAAUUUCGACAGUGACAGUUUUACUGAAUCUGAUGAAGUUCAGGAGCAAAAUGUACAACCUUCGUCAUCAUUCAGCAAUCAACAAAGGCGAGGAAGGCCAAGUAAAGGUAAACUUUCUGUAAAGGAAGUUAGGUACGAGAAAGAAAAACGCUCCAGAACAUUUCAAGAAUCUUGGAAAAUCGGCAGACCCUGGCUUACGAAUGAUGAUGACAAAAUAUGGUGCUCGUACUGUGUUUCAAACCACAAGAAGAUAGGUAAAUUGGGUCCACACAGCAUAGCAUUUAUUGAGGGGUGCAGGACUUUCAAACUGCCAGUCAUCUUGGGUCAUCAGGAAAGUGAUCUCCAUAAACGUUGUACAGCAGCAGCUUUGUCUCAAAUGACUCCACCAGAAAGAAAACCUUUACAAAAAAGUUUCAUGAAGAUAGAAGAAUCUGAAACAGAGUUGAUGCAUGCAAAAUUUAUUACUGCAUUCAAAGUAGCUAUUUGUAACCAACCUUACACCUCCUUCUCUGGGGAAUUAGAACUUUUGGAGAGAGUUGGUGCAUCAAAAAAUCUGACCACACGUUUCUCAUCAGAUAAAUCAUGUGCUGAGUUUAUCAAGUAUAUUGCAAAGGAUUUAAGAGACAAUCUUGCCACAAAUAUUAGAAAAGGUUUCUUUUUUUCAAUACUGUGUGAUGGGUGUACUGACAGUGCUUCCCUAGAGGAAGAAAUUGUCUAUGUUCGAUAUCUUACUGAUGAAAACCAACCAAGAACUGUGUUUCUUUGUAUCUCCAGUGUAGAGAAACCAGAUGCUGAACAUAUUUUUGACCAUUUGUGUGACAGUAUCAAGAACUAUGUAGGUGUAGAUGAUUUGAAAGGCCUUAUAGCAUUUGUGGCUGAUGGUGCAAGUGUAAAUUUUGGAGUUAGAAAUGGUGUGUACCGCAGAUUGUGUGAAUUGAUGCCCGAGACAGUUGGCAUACACUGCUUGGCCCAUAGGUUUGAGUUGGCUAUCAGAGAUGGCGGGAAAAAAAGUUCUGUUGUGCAAGAGUUUUCCGACUUGUGUCAGCUUAUCUACAAGCUCUACAAAUCAUCAUCUGUGCAGAAGGAAGCUCUGAAAACUACCUGCAGCACACAUAACAUUGCUUUCAACAGCCCAGAGAAUGUAAUGGGAACAAGGUGGAUAUCCCACAGAUCAAGAGCUGUAACUGUCUUGAAAAAGUUAUGGAAGCCACUGGUUGUGCACAGUACCCAGAUAGUGGAAGGUAUUGGAAGUAAAAGAGCUGAGAUAUUGGGAAAAGCCAAAAAGAUAAACAAUACCUUGACAAAUUUAAAGAUUGUGAUUGCCCUUCCUGUUGUGCAGGAGAUACUUGAAAUCCUUCAGUCAAUCAGCUUGGCCUUGCAGGAAUCCUCAUACAUAAUGUCCUGUGCUCAAAGCAGAAUUAAGGCAACACUCAGAUUGCUGAAAAGGUUCAACGUAGAGGAAAAGGUUGAGGAAUCAGCCAAAACUGUAGACCUUGAAGAAUUUGAAUUCAAAGGUGAAACUGUACGACUUGGUAGAGGAGAAAAUAUUGAGAAAUGUAAGGGUGCCAUUGUGAAUGAUUUAACCCAGUUUUUGAAGGACAGCAUAAGUACAAUUGAAGAGCGUUUUGGAGAUGUAUUGAGGGACCAGGAUUCUGUGUGUGAGAAUGUACAAGUGUUUAAUGUCCCAAUUGUGAAACUGACCGACAUCAAAACUGACGUCAAGGUGGAUAUCAGCUUCAACAUGGUGAAUGGUGUGAAGAGCGCUAAACUCAUUAUGAAAUACCGGGACCAGUACCCCACCCUGCAGUACUUGGUGAUGGUUCUAAAGCAGUUUCUCCUGCAGCGUGACCUGAAUGAGGUGUUCACUGGGGGGAUCAGCUCAUACUGUCUCAUCUUGAUGGUUGUCAGCUUCUUACAGCUCCAUCCCAGAAUAGACGCCACCUCUAAAGAUGCCAAUCUUGGUGUUCUCCUCAUCGAGUUCUUUGAGCUGUACGGCCGCCACUUCAACUACCUGAAGACGGGGAUCCGUAUCAAGGAUGGCGGGGCGUACGUGCCAAAGGAACAGAUCCAGAAGGAGAUGGAGAAUGGUUACAGACCUUCUCUGCUCUGUAUCGAGGACCCUCUUAACCCAGGAAAUGACAUUGGGCGCAGCUCAUAUGGAGCCCUGAAUGUUCGUAACGCCUUUGAGUAUGCCUACCUGACCUUGAGUAACGCAGCCCUGUCAGCCAAUUCUGAUGUAUUCAAGGGACAACAGAGUCUUCUCAGUCGCAUCAUCCGCGUCACAGAUGAGGUCGUGGAGUACAGACAGUGGAUUAAGGAGACGUUUGGCAAGGCGGUAGAAGCCGCGGAAGACGUGGUGAUAGAGGCUGCGUCCUCUCCCAGCCCGAGUCCCAGUCCCAGCGCCAGCCCCAGCCCAAGUCACAGCCCAAACAGAGAUGGUCCGAGUAAGACCUACGCCAGCGUGGCCACACAGCCGCCUGCUAGACCUCUAGUCAAGGAACAGUUAGUGAGGAGUAACCUGUCCAGUUUGAAGGAGGUGGAGAUAUCUGACAGCGGCAGUUCUAUGUGCCAGUCUUCUUCCUCUCCUGCCGCCUCCAGCAGCUCCAGCAUAGCCAGUGACACAGAGUCUGAUAUAUCUGUGGAAAGUCCCAAAAGUCGACCCCCUGCCAAAAGUGCCUCAGUAACAAUCAUACGUAACAGCAGCAUGCCCACCAAGUCUGACGCCUCGCCAAGUCCGCGCCACUCCGCCUCCCAACCCACACUCACCAAAAAGAGAGACAUAAGCUCCGACUCCAGAAGACGCCGAUCCGCGUCUGUCACAAGUAAUGACUCUGGGCGUGGCAGUGGCCGCAGGACUUCUGUGUCAUCGACCGUGGCGGCAUCAGAGGCGCACAGUGGGACUGUCCUGCCAAAAUCUGCAACUGUAGCUCACAGCUGGACGCGCACCUUUCGCAACCAAUCAGCAAUGGGUUCUGGUGGAGGUAACCAAGGUAACAGUGGAACAGGGAGCGGGGGUGGAAAGAAAUACAAGUCUUGCGCAAAGCGCAGGAAAAAUAGCAACGGACAAAAUUCUCAGCGCCGCGACAGGGACAAUAACAAUCCAGCAGAGGGUGGACGGCGGUGAUGCUGCUUUAGAAGUCUGCCAUUUUACUUUGGCAGGCAUUGACUUCAAUAUGCUCUGAAAUGUUCUUCGGAGAAAUCCAUUACAAGAUUCCUCGUAAACUACCCUCAGUGAUCCAAAACGAGAAUUCUGAGCAGUGAUGGAAAAUUUCUCUGCAUCUGUACAAAGCUCCUCUCCUCUUUAUGUAGACAAUCCAUGUCAUGUUACCAUGGACAACUCGAGCUUCUUAGAAACUACUGAUGGAAGCAUUGAUAUAGGCAGAGGUAUAGGCAGACUGCCAAGGCACAGAGGCCACUAUAGUGGGUAUGAGGAGGUAUAUUAAGAGGGAGGCAUGUGAAAGUAAUCAGAUGGUGUGAACAGAGUGGAACUUCGUCUCUUCUGUGGUAAUGAUACUGCACGUUGAAAAGAUAUCCACCAGGGUUUGAGCUAGCCUGUUCAUGAUGGAUGACGACUUUGAAACUUAGAGAGAUGAAGAUUCGAAAUGAUGGCUGCAAUAAUGCAGAAUUUAUAGUCCUGUGAUGAUGUCUUUCUAUUAUAGUAUACAAUAUUACGCAAUCAUGACAACCAAAAAAAAAAUUUAAAAUUGUGAAAAAAAAUUCUAAAAAUAUUUUCCUUCCAGUUUGCAUGUAAAUUAUUGUGCUUGACUUUUUUUCUUUUCUCAAAAAA